AUGCCUAUGGAGAGCCCCUCGAUGAACAGUAAAGUUUGCUUUAGUGCUCAGGAUCUGGCUGUAAUAAAAAAAUCAGAUGAGGCUCAGUAUGCGCUUCGUGGAUAUGUUCACGAACAUGGCAAAUUUUCUGAGAAAGAGAAAAUCGCUUUAAAGCUGGAGAGCGUGGAAUCUUUUGGGCGAUUCUGGACCUCAACCCAGGACGCGAAGCAAAAAUUCGACGCCGGUCACCACAACGGUAUCAGAUCUGAAAUGCAGAGCUUUGCGAGCUCGGCAUGCGAUAUCUUACAAAACCUGGAGCCGAUCUUGACACUCAUCAAGGACUUUGGGGCUCCUUACGGUAGCAUGGCUAUCGGGACAAUCUCCUUUAUUUUCACGGUUGUGAAUCAGAGAGCCCAAACGGAGAGUCUGAUAUCAAAUACGCUUCUUGAGAUCAGAGAUAGGAUUCCAGGUCUAAAUCUCUACCGUCACAUCUAUUCCGAGGAUCACGAUCUUGACCGAGCUUUGCAGUCCAAGAUUGUGGAAGCUUACGAUCGCUUCAUUAGCUUUUGUAUAGAAGCCACAAAGUACUAUAUGAAGAGAGGAAUCAGACGAUGGCUCAAUGCUAUAUUCGGGUCGAUGACGUUAAAAGAUCAAUCAAGCGAGACUCAGAGGGCUAUCGUUGAAGUCAGGCGCAGCAGUGAAGAGCUGCUCAGCAAGAAUGUUGAUACUAUCAAGCAGUUGAACAAAGAUCUAAAGAGGCAAAUCAAACAGCUGCAGGAUGGGCACAACAGCAACACUUUGAGCAUGAUACAGUCUCUACUAAACCUGGAAACAUAUUCAGCGGAAUCUGAACAAGAUCUGUUGAGGAAGUACCAAGAUGAAAUCAAAGUGUAUCCUGACUUGCACUGGCCAGAUUCUCUGGAGAGAAUGCAAGAACCUGAACUACAGGCAUUCCAGCAGGGCCAGGAAUUCCAUAGUUGGCGACAUUCUAACCAGUCGUCGAUUCUGAUGUUAGUAGGUUAUAAUAAUGAAUCCAUUUACAGGGAUGGGAUGUGCUGGAUGUCCCCAGCCGCCUUACACAUGAUUGAAAGCAUGAGCAAGGAUCGGCAAAAAGAUCCUUAUGCGUUCUAUCUUCUUGGACAACGACAAAUGGAUCUUUUACCGCAGGUUUUGUCCUCCAUUGUCAUUCAGUUGUUGAGACAAAACCGGGAGGCUUUGCAGAACCAGAAGCAGUACGACGAGCUGUAUGCGGCAGUGCAACAAUACCAUCAAAUAUCUUACAACCAACCCUCGAGUCAGAAAGAACUAGUCCGUCAUGAAGAGGCUCUUCUAAAGGUGGCGCUACGGGCUCUGGACAUGUUUGACUUGCGCAAAACGGUGUGGAUUAUUCUUGAUCGCGUGGACCAGUGCAAACACGGAGGGUGGGAAGCCAAUCAUCGAAAAAUGCUGGUCAGAGCAAUGGUCCGUUUGGUUGAGGGUGCCAAGGUCAAAGUGAAAGUACUGGCUGUCGUUAAUGGGUACGACUGGAACGCGGAUAAUGAGUCUGAUGAGUUCGGGCAGAUCAAAACUGGUGCCGCUGCAGAGGCCCUUAUUUAG